CCGCUGCCCGGAGACGUGCUCGCUGUGAUGCGCACGCUCCAAAUGUCAAACGUAAAAGAGCGGCAUUUUCGAAGUUAAGGUAGCUCCAGGAUGAUAUUCUUCACUCAACUCUUCACCUCCAAGCGGGGGCCUCUGGCCAAAAUCUGGCUGGCAGCACACUGGGAAAGGAAACUCACAAAGGACCAUAUAUUUGAAUGUAAUUUAGAAACGACCGUCAGAGACAUGAUUUCCCCAAAGAUGAAACUUUGUUUGCGGACCUCCGGUCAUCUGCUUGUUGGUGUUGUGAGGAUCUACUCCAGGAAAGCAAAGUAUCUCCUUGCAGACUGCAAUGAUGCCAUGGUUAAAAUUAAAAUGGCAUUCAGACCAGGUCAGACAGAUUUGCCCGAGGAGGGGCUCGAGGCAACACUAAAAGCAAUUACUUUGAUCGAAGAUUUCACUGCCUUUGACGUGCAGCUGCCACAUCCAAGUAACAUAGAUGUUGUGGACCACUUUUCACUGAACCAGUGCCGAUCAGAAGAAAUCACGCUCAAAGAAGAUUUUGGAAAUGGGUUUUUGAAUUUAGCAGAUUUGGGAGACAAGUGCCAGAGCCACCAGGUUGGGCUGCUGGAUAUGAGCUUCCAGCUCUUCGCUCAACACGGAGACGAUUUUGGAGAUGAGCACAGAGGACUCGACCUACUCGACUUUCUGACAAUCUCCAAUGAUCCCGCCGAGUCUGCUGACUUCGUCCUAGAGGAGCUGGACAACAAAGUUUCAGAGGCCUCCACGCUCAAUCAUCACCACGGUGAUGCUGUUUCCUCAGGAGAUGGCGUCACACCGGAGGUGGCGACCCCACCAGCGAAUCAGACCACCCUGCUCGCCAACGACGAGGAGGCCUUCGCGCUGGAACCCGUGACCGUCACUCCCAACUCCGAGAAGAAAAGGGGGAAGAGGAGACGCAAGUUGGUGGUGGAUCAGGCCAAAGAGCUGACCAACGAGUGCAUCAGAAGGCAGCUCCUGGACGAUUCCGACCUGCUGGCCCCGUUGGACAUGGCCCCUCCGACUGUGCAGCUGAUGCAGUGGAAGGAGAACAGCGGCGCCUCCAAUCUCUUGGCUGCGCCACAGCCGUGUUCAAACGUGGCCGCUCCACCGAUAAAGAAGCUCUUUGCCAGGAGUGUUUUCCAGGUGAAACCUCAUGCAGCGCGCGAGGAGGCUGAAGUGAUGCGUCGGGACGGACGAGGUUUUGAGACGGGCCUAAGCACGCUGACUGCAGACAGCGUGAGUGUCCUGGAUUCAUCGAUGGAUCCCGACAGAACACGCAACACUGUGAUGGCCGACCUUGGACACACGGAUGAGGAUCACAUGGAGGAUUACUCGGAGCGCGCGCACCAUAAAAACAGUUCGGAGUUGACGCAUCCGGAGCUUCCGUCGGGCGACUCCAUGUUCGUCCAUCCGUCCUGCGUGCAGCAGGAGACUCAGUCGACUCCCCUCCACACUCAGUCUAUGCUGGACAGCCAGGACUUUGAGGAGAGGAGGAUAACCACACGCACACAGAAGCUUCUGGACAUUAUAAAAAGCCAGAGCAGCAGGGACACCACGUUCAGCCUGGAGGCCCACUGCAAGGGGGAAGUUCGCUCGCAUGCCGCGACCACUCUCUUCUGUCUCCUGCUCCUGAAGAAACAAGAAGCAAUCCACCUGCACCAGAGUUCACCCUACGAGGACAUCGUGGCCACGCCUGGACCCAAUUUGUACAAUUAGAUGAAGUCACAGUCUGCGUUCUGUGCGAUCGAUCUGUUGCAGAUGCAGCACAACUUUGUGUUACUCUGUCAGCUCCGCAGGGGAAAACUCAAAUUUACUCCAAUGGAUUAAUCGGUUAAAUGGUGGAAAACCGCUUGAAAAGAACUAUUUCAUUGUACGUGGCAUUUCUCAAGACAAAUUGGGAAAGUAUCAAUGAAGGACAUUUUACCUAAUCUACAAGGUCCUAGUAUGUACUUAUUUAUUGCUUGGCAACACAGUUAUUCUUGUGAUCCUUUUGAACUGAAAUGUUGUGCGUGUUCAGUUUGUGUUUUACACCAGUUCCUCUUCUAUUUAUUCUAAACACGGGACUCUGUAGCCCUGCCUGUUGUGUCUUACCUGAGAUAGGAGAGUUAAAUGGACAUUACAUUAGUAAAUGUAAAAAGGAAUGUUGCAAAAUUAUUAGGUUGAAUUUGCACCUAUUUUAGACGCAACACAAGACUGAAAGUCCACUUGACUCGUUCUUAUAGCUUUUGUCCAACACAUCUGAUGUUAUUGAAGUUUGGGAUAUAAGAGCAAAUUCACAAUUGUGCAUCAUAACUGAGGUUAUAUUAUAUUAAUUGUUCUCUGUAUUAGUUUUCCUGUGGCCAAAAUCCAGAAGACUGUAGUCUUAACAUAUUAGACUCAAUCUUAUCAGCCAUCAACUUGUCCAUAUUUGAAUGUCCUUCUCUUUAGUCCGUGCUCAUUGUAACCCUUCCAGUGACACACGUUUUGUUAGUUAUCACGUGAUAAGAACACUACACAGGCCUUGUGCUUUGAAGGCAUUACGAUUGAAUUGGAAUUCACACGGCUGUCCUUCUUGAGGUUUGUUAUAUAAAAAGUUCUGAAUUUAAAUAUUCAAGUCUUUUCUAAAUGUUCGUUUGCUCUGUAUUGGCCUUGUAAACGUCCUGUCGCGUGGAGCGCUUCUCCUGCCGCUCGGCGCUCUGUCGCUUUAAGAAGCGGAUCCGCAGUUCGCCUCAUUCCGUCUCCGCGCUCCACGGCUGCAGGAUGGACUCGCGCCGGCACCAGCAGCGUCUCUCCUGCCUGCUUCCUCCGGGGACUCUUCAUCCAUCGACCGUCAGG